GGCUGGCAUCCGAAUCAAGCGCUUUUAGGCAUUUAAAAGUGUGCUGAUUAUUUUGCAAAUGAUGUGCAUUUUGCGUCGUGUCACUUCAGUGUAUAUGUUAGUAGUUUUUUACGGUGAAAUGCAGGCGUGUUCUUGAAGAUGGACCGUAGCCGAUUUCGGUCGGAUUCCGGGUCUUAGCAGGUGGCUAGCUCGCUAGCGCCAGGCGGCGUCCCUCCUUCUUGUUUCAAAGUAUCGAUUUAAGUUUAAUUCUUCAGGGUUACAUUUUCGUUACAAGGCAUUUUAUUGUCACAUGAAAACUCUUAAAAUUAAGUGCUGCAUGCAGACGUGAUUGAAAAUGAUAGCAAUAAAAUAUUUAAUUGAACAAGCAGUUGGACUAAAGCAAGGCUGUUGAAGGCUGCAGUUAGACAUUAACUGCAAUACAACUAGAUAUCUACAUUAUCAAACAAAACCCAACGCCCUUAUUAAGGGCGGACACAGACGUGCGUUUUGAUCAUUUCUACUUUUUAUGAUCCCGGUUAAUAAUGGUUUUUAUUCGUUUUUCACAAAUGUAUUUGCAGGAUUUCGUUGCUUUAAAAAAAUAUUAGCACCAAACGUUCUGUUUAUCUGCUACUAGAUUCAUCAGUUGAACCCCGAGGUGCUGAUAUGGUGCGUAGUGCAAGUGUUUUGCCCGUUGAGAUCUGUAUGUCAGGAUAAGUAUAUACGUAACAAUCAUAAAAUAAAUUAAUGGUCCGGAGAUGAUGAUACAUUUAACUUAAAUGUAUUCGCUGGAUUUUAAAGCUUUUCUUUUUCCUGUUGAUCCAACCUGUUGAUUGUGCUGGUGGGAUGAUAGAUACGGAAGAGCCUUUAUAAUAGAGGUAACUUUACACUCUCUCGGUUGAAUAAAAUACCCUGGUAGCCAUUCUGGGGAGAAACCCAUCAUGUUUCACUUACGCUUUUACAGAAGAUUAAAUAGCGUUUCCAUUUAAUAUGUUAGAGAUCUUUUUUAUUUGUUUGUUAUUUAAAAAGCUUUAAUUAGCGGUUAUUGUAGGGCAAUUAUAGAACUAAUUACAGAUCAUAACUUUAAACCUGAACCAUCACAAGUUUUAAGCGUAUUACGGCUUUAGAGAUAAUAUUGAUUAUCUUGGUGUCGUCAAACUGAACCGAAAACGUUUCUGCCUGUAUCUCUGAGCAUUUCCCAUUUUUGGCAAAGGUAGUUUGAAGGUGGUGCAUUGCGCAAGCGAAAUGUCUGUGGCGUACACUUCCUGUUCUCAAAAUGUGCUUGCAGCAUCUUACUGAAACAAGACUGACCACAGAGAGACCUCAGACAUGUUGUGUAUCAUCACAAAGCAGCGCUAGAACCUUUAUAAAUGUCUUCUUUAAAUUCCGAUAGCUCGGCUUGUAUUCUGUAUGUCUGCUCAUCCCCAGCCAUGUGUUACAGUCCACUUUUUUUUUUUUUUGGUGGUGUAAGAUGACGUAUUUGCGAAAGGCCUUCAGAGCAGAACCUGUUAUCAUUUUCAUCCUUAUGUUCCUCAUCUUCUGGUGGAGAGGUUGAACAGACCCCCCCCCCAUACAGACACACACACCCACAGUCGAUUUUCAUUGCAAAUGCUUGUCUGUGCUUGGAUUUUCACGCAUGUGUAUGUACAGUAUGAGCUCACUAUUAAAUAGCCAGGGCCUAGAUUCCCGGCAGGCAGACAGACGGACGGACCCGAGGCGAAUUGUGGACAGCACAGCUUCUUCCUCUGUAUGUUUAGCAUCACAGCUCUCCUAAAGUACAUCAGUUCUGUUAGCCACGCCCCACACUCUGCUGUGUACACAGCCCACAGGUCAGAAAGGACGCAGUAGCUUGACUCACUCGACUGCUGACCCAGUCAGGCAUUGCGAGAUCGCUCUUCCCACCUAGAGCGAAGUUGUUGCAGCCGUCCCAGGCGGCAGCGGAGUCGGCAUGACGGAGUUCUGGAUCUGCUUCAGCUGCUGUGUCGCAGAGCAGCCGCAGCCGAAGAGGCGACGGCGGAUAGACCGGUCCAUGAUUGGGGAGCCCACGAACUUUGUCCACACCACACACGUGGGCUCUGGGGAUAUGGGCUUAGGACUGUCAGCAGUGGAUUCUCUACAGAACCAAAUGAAAUCAAAAGGGGGCUAUGGAAAUACAGAAUCUGUCCCACAGUGACCAAGGAAAGGACUUCAUUCUAAAGAAAAGCCAUCUGUCAGUGUCGAGACCCAUCAGCAUUGUAGCUGUGUGCUCCAGCUGCCAUUUUUGGAUAAUUGCCUUUUUUUUUAAAUUAAAAUUUUAUGUUAACUACGUAGGAUUAAUAGUUGACGUCCGUUUUAAGCUGUAAAAUGAUUUCAUUAAUACAUCCGCGCUGUAAAGAAGGACAUCAUUUGCUGUUUGUGUGUGAUUGUAUAGCAUCAUCAGAAGGGGAAUAGACUUAAAAUAUAUUUUUUUAAGAUUGAUAUGAGUGCAUGCGGAAGCUUCUGGCAUCCUGCACAGGGUUCAGGAGGAUGAUGAGUGUUGGGAAUUCUCCACCUUCCCCUUUCUCUUAUUUAUUUGCUGUUGCAGGUUUUUUAAAAAGUAUAUUGGAAAAAAAUCUAUUUUCCUCAGUCAUUUGCCUUGAGUUUCUCCAGGUGUAUCAGUCUUUUGUAGAUGUAUAGUUUCAAAAAAGUUUUACAUGAAUUCACUGUGAUGAUAUGAUUGAUUGCAGAUGAUAUAUAAUAUACUUAUGUAAUGGAGAUGACCACAUCCGUGUCAUUUUUUGAUUGCAAUCCCACUGUUUAUACUCAAAUGGAAUUAUUUUUUUCCAGAAUAUUUUAUUCAUAAUAAAGAUCAAGAAAAUUGA